CCAGGUGUGGUGGCACAAGUCUUUACCUAGUAGCUCAGUAUGCUGAGGCAGGAGGAUUACAGGUUCAAAGCCAGCCUCAGCAACUUUAUGAGGUUCUUAGCAACUUAAUGGUCUCAAAAAGAGGUGAGGUAUGGCUGUUUUUAGCCCUGGUUCGAACAUCCCUGGGUUCUUAUCCCUGGUUACACCCACCCCUCCAAAAAGAAGGAGGGAAAAAGGGUAUAAGGAAUCAGAAGAUAAAAGAACAAGGGAUGGGAUUCUGGAAACACCUACAUGUAACGGUUGACCAGGGAGCAGCACUGUCCUUAGACUUAGCAUGUGGGAACUCUGCUUUAGGCCCUAUUGUUUAGAGAUCCUUAGCAGGUCGUCCUCCAGUUACAUACCUCACCAUAACCUUAAGAUGUUGAGGAGUCAAGGGACUAGUCUUACCUGGUCUCUUUCUUGGUCAAAUUUUUAAUUAUUUGGAUUCCAGAAUUCUCUUCUUAGUAUUCCUUCAUAGGUACCUUCCCUAAUUCUCUCCUCUGUCAACUGAACCACACAGUGUGUAUGGUCUUCUCUAGGUCUAAGGGAUGGCUAAGGAGCAGCUGUUUGCAGGCCUGUGAUCGAAACCUUGGACAUGUGGGGCUGGGAUAACCACAUGCUUGCAUCUAACGCCUCUGGUAUGGAGUAGAACUGAAGGUGGAAGUGAAAAGGGACAGGGAAGGCUGUAGGCCAGGGGAGUCAUUAUGACUUCCCAGGCCCCUACAGAACUUGAGGGAGUCUGAGAAUUCAAAAUCAGAACUUGGUCAUCACGUUGUUAUAGAGUAUGUUUGUCAAGAUAGAAGGAAAGAAUAAUAAUUUUAGCAGCUUUUUAAUUUGACCUAUAACUUUAAAAUAUUUAGACAUGGAAUAUAGGAUUCCAUUUAUACUUUUGCCCCAAGCCCUUAAAAAGCAGGAUUGGGCCUACAAAAGAAAAUGAAAAGGAGCAGAAAGGAAAAAAUAAGUUCAAGAUAAAAGUUUUAAGGAGGGAAAGAUAAACAGUGUCAAAUGCUUCAUAGGCAUCAAGUCUUAUGAAAAAAUGUUUCCAUUGGACUAGAAAAGCAGAAUUGAGUAAAAAGUUCAGUUGGGGUUAGAAUGCAAAAGAGCUGAUUACUUUCUAGGACUUUCUCUGAGGAUGGAAGAAACUAGAGCAGUAGUUGGAGGGGUAGGCAGGAUAUUCAAAGAGGACGUUUCUAUUUUAAAAAUGAGUGGGUCUUUUAAAUGUUUAUAUGUUGAACAAAAGGAGGCAGUGUUAAGUUAGAGGCUAAGGGAAAAGGGAAUAAUUGAUGGGGCAAGGCUCAAGAGUCACUGCAUAGAUUAACAGAAAGAAGCGGGUGUUUGAGGAGGUGGGUAUUUAGACAGUUAUUGUUGCUAAGUCUAGGGAGUUAGGUUGCAGGAAGAUGACUUAAGUGAUGGUCGUAUAUCAUUCAUAUUGGGUUUAGGAGCUUGUUUUCUUUAUUUAAAGUUGGAUUUCAUGUUCCUAAGCAGCAGGAGUUAUGCUUACAGCCAUUAUUGAAAUCCUGCUGUUGAUUGAAAUGUAGCUCAUAAUAUGGGGUGUGGGCUACAUGUAUGUUGGGUGUGUCCUUAAUCACUUGCUGUUUAGUGGUGACUUAAAAUUUUAAAUUUGAUAAAAGAUUCUACUAAACCCAGAAAUAAUUUUUUUUUAUCAUGUUCAAAUAAAUGUCUGUCACCAAAUUUUGGAUAUGAUUUGUUUUAAUAAAUUUAUACUAUCUAAAUCAUACGUAUUUGGGCAAAAUAUUUUUUGGUAGGAUUAUAUUAAUAUUCUCUUUUUUCCUCUCCCACUAGUAGUUCAAAGAACUGCUGGUUCAGGUUUUAGCUCUUGCCAAGUUGUGAAAAUAGUGAAGGAUGCUUAGACUACUUAAUAUUCGAAUUGCUCUAUGGUUAAUCAUCUUUAGAAGACUGGAUUUCUGGAUAACUACUCUACUCCAUCUCUAUUGACUUUUAAAAUAUGAUAAUGCAAACUUAUAACAUUGGCAAUCAUCUGUGAACCUAUAAUUGCAUUGAUUCAUAGAAGUUGAAGCUUCCUCAGGGAGUAAACAAUGACAUCAGCAGUGGUUGACAAUGGAGGUUCUGUUUUGGAGCUUUCCAGCAAUGGAGUAGAAAAUCAAGAGGAAAGUGAAAAGGUUUCUGAAUACCCAGCAGUGAUUGUGGAGCCAGUGCCAAGUGCCAGAUUAGAGCAGGGCUAUGCAGCCCAGGUUCUGGUUUAUGAUGAUGAGACUUAUAUGAUGCAAGAUGUGGCAGAAGAACAAGAAGUUGAGACCGAGAAUGUGGAAACAGUGGAAGCCUCAGUUCAUAGCAGUAAUGCACACUGUACAGAUAAGACGAUUGAAGCUGCUGAAGCCUUGCUUCAUAUGGAAUCUCCUACCUGCUUGAGGGAUGCAAGAAGUCCUGUGGAAGUGUUUGUUCCUCCUUGUGUAUCAACUCCAGAAUUUAUCCAUGCUGCUAUGAGGCCAGAUGUCAUUACAGAAACUGUAGUGGAGGUGUCGACUGAAGAAUCUGAACCAAUGGAUACCUCUCCUAUUCCUACGUCACCAGAGAGCCAUGAACCAAUGAAAAAGAAAAAAGUUGGCCGUAAACCAAAAACCCAGCAAUCACCAAUUUCCAAUGGGUCUCCUGAGUUAGGUAUCAAGAAGAAACCCAGAGAAGGAAAAGGAAACACAACCUAUUUGUGGGAGUUUCUUUUAGAUCUACUUCAAGAUAAAAAUACGUGUCCUCGGUAUAUUAAGUGGACUCAGAGAGAAAAGGGUAUAUUCAAGCUUGUGGAUUCAAAGGCUGUCUCUAAGCUUUGGGGAAAGCAUAAGAACAAACCGGACAUGAAUUAUGAAACUAUGGGACGAGCUUUAAGAUACUACUACCAACGGGGAAUUCUUGCAAAAGUUGAAGGUCAGAGGCUUGUGUAUCAGUUCAAGGAUAUGCCAAAAAACAUAGUGGUCAUAGAUGAUGACAAAAGUGAAACCUGCAAUGAAGAUUUAGCAACAGCUGCUGAUGAGAAAUCAUUAGAACGAGUGUCACUGUCUGCAGAAAGUCUCCUGAAAGCAGCAACUUCUGUUCGUGGUGGAAAAAACUCUUCUCCUAUAAACUGCUCCAGAACAGAAAAGGGUGUAGCUAGAGUGGUGAAUAUCACUUCCCCUGCUCAUGAUGCCUCCUCCAGGUCUCCGACCACUACGGCUUCUGUAUCAGCAGCAACAGCUCCAAGGACAGUUCGUGUGGCAAUGCAAGUACCUGUUGUAAUGACAUCAUUGGGUCAGAAGAUUUCAACUGUGGCAGUUCAGUCGGUUAAUGCAGGUGCACCAUUAAUAACCAGCACUAGUCCAACAACAGCGACUUCUCCAAAGGUAGUCAUUCAGACAAUCCCUACUGUGAUGCCAGCCUCUGCUGAAAACGGAGACAAAAUCACCAUGCAGCCUGCCAAAAUCAUUACCAUCCCAGCUACACAGCUUGCACAGUGUCAACUGCAGACAAAGUCCAAUUUGACUGGAUCAGGAAGCAUUAACAUUGUUGGAACCCCAUUGGCUGUGAGAGCACUUACCCCUGUUUCAAUAGCCCAUGGCACACCUGUAAUGAGACUAUCGGUGCCCACUCAACAGGCAUCUGGCCAGACUCCUCCUCGAGUUAUCAGUGCGGUCAUAAAAGGGCCAGAGGUUAAAUCAGAAGCAGUAGUAAAAAAGCAGGAACAUGAUGUGAAAACUUUGCAGCUGGUGGAAGAAAAACCGGCAGAUGGAAAUAAGACAGUGACCCACGUGGUGGUUGUUAGCGCCCCUUCAGCUCUUGCCCUUCCGGUAACUAUGAAGACCGAAGGACUAGUGACAUGUGAGAAAUAAAGAGCAGCUCCACUGUGGACUUUUAGACUGUUAGUGGUAGUACUGACAUAAACGUUUGCAAGGGAAGUCAUCAAGAAAAGUCAAAGGAAGACUUUAAAACAUUUUUAAUGCUUAUAAGAAAACAAUCAAACUUACUGGAAAUAAAUUACCUAUCCCAUGUUUCAGUGGGAAAUGAACUACACAUUGAGAUGCUGACAGAAAACUGCCUCUUACAGUAGGAAACAACUGAACCCGUCAAUAAGGAAAAGGAUUGAAAGGGACCAAGCAGCUCACUACAAUAUCAAGUUACACUAAGACUUGGAACACUAACAUCUGUAAGAGGCUAUAUAGUUUUCAGUGGGGAGGGAUUGGGAUGGGUGAUCUCAUUGUUACAUAGAGCAAUUUUUGAUGCAUUUUAUAUGCAUACCAGCAAUUAUUACUGUGUUCGCACAGUACUCACUUAACUGGUGCUAUGUGAAGACUCUGCUAAUAUAGGUAUUAUAGAAUGUGAAUUGAAGAAUGGAUCCAAAAGCUUCAGAAAGAGGAUAGCAAAAAAGAUCUAGUGCGACUUUUUUUUUUUUUUUUUUUUU